AUGGCGCAUCCGAUCGUGCUCAGGAACUCCAAUGGCACGGAGGUGGACAUCCUCCCCCUGGGCGCCAUCAUUCAGAGGCUACGGGUUGCCGACAGGGACGGCCAGGUGGCCGACGUCGUCCUGGGUUUCGACAGCGAGACACCAUACAGGGAUGGCACCUCCCCGUACAUGGGGGCAGUGGUGGGCAGAGUGGCCAACCGCAUCGCCAAGGGCCAGUUCGAGCUGGACGGCGUGACGUACAAGCUGAAUAUCAACAACGGACCCAACAGCCUGCAUGGUGGUAAGGUGGGCUUUGACAAGCGCGACUUUACUGUCAAGGGGAAUGAGCAGGGCAAGUCCGUCCUGCUGGAGUAUGUCAGCCCAGAUGGGGAGGAGAACUACCCGGGCACGGUGACUGUCAGCGUGCUGUACGAGCUCACAGACGCCAACGAGCUCAGGGUGACCAUGAAGGCGAGCGCCGACAAGCCCACCCCCAUCAACCUGGCCCAGCACACCUACUGGAACCUGGGGGGACAUGAGUCUGGCACAAUCCUGGAUCACCAGCUCACCAUCCAGGGGGACCACUACACCCCUGUGGACGAGACCCAGAUCCCAACGGGGGAGAUUGUGCCCGUGGCGGGGACGCCGUUUGACUUCACCACCGCACAGCCUGUGGGCCAGCGCAUUGCCAAGACGGAGGGGGGUUACGACCACAACUACGUGCUGUUUGGCCUCGGACCGGCUGCCAAGGACCGGGUCAAGGACGGCGCGGCAUUCUCUGUCCCGCAGCCAGCCAUCACCCUGGUCGACCCUGCCUCUGGGAGGGCCCUGGAGGUCUGCACCACCGCGCCGGGGGUUCAGGUGUACUCGGGCAACUUCCUGGACGGCACCCUGAAGGGCAAGGCGGGGGUGAGCUACGUGAAGCAUGCGGGCCUGGCGCUGGAGACCCAGGGCUUCCCCGACGCCGUCAACCAGCCCGCCUUCCCCUCGGUCGUCCUCCGCCCAGGGCAUGAGUAUGUGCACGCGCUGGUGUACCGAUUCUACACCGUGUGA